GGCGGGAGGAGUGCCGGCGGGCCCGGGCGAGCAUGGCCGCCAUUCGGGUGUAUUACACCAGCGUGACGGGCUCCAGGGAGGUAAAGCAGAGGCAGUCUGAGGUCCUUCGCAUUCUGGAUGGACAUCACAUGAGAUACCAGUUAGUGGAUGUCUCUGUCAGUGAAAGUUUGCUGCAAGAGAUGAGGGGCAAAGCUGGCAAGGCGGAUGCAAUCCCACCCCAGAUAUUUAAUGGAGAGGAGUACUGCGGGGACUUUGAGAUGCUGUAUGAAGCAACUGAAAAUGAGGAAGUUAAGAAAUUCCUUAAGAUAGCAGCUGCAGAUUGAGUGGCAAAAAUGUGGCAACUGUUUGAAGAUGGUGCAUUACAUGGGUGUUCAAUACUUAAAACCGUUUUUUAAAAAUUCAAAUAAAACAAAGUUUGUAGGUCAAAAAGAUUCAGCUCCCUGUGAAAGACACAAGGAUUGCAAAAAAAUGUUUACUGUAUCAGCUUUUUGUGUAAGAUUUACUAUGAGGACAAGGCAGGCCAAGGUACAUUGUAUGUUUCCCUGACAGUAGGGG